AUGGCGUGUGCACCCCUGCCUCGUGAGAUAAUCAAGUGGCUCCAGAGUUUGGACCUCUCUUUCAGCAUCAAGAACCCAAAACGGGAUCUGAGCAACGGUUACCUUGUGGCAGAGAUCUUGUCCAGAUAUCAUCCUCAGGAUGUGGACAUGAACACUUUCGAAAAUGGCUCUAGGUUGGAAGCAAAGGUCGACAAUUGGGAGCAAUUGUACAAGCUCUUUAGAAGAAAGGGCAUAGGCAUAUCCAAGGCCGAGUUCGAUCCUGUGAUCCACUGUGCUCCGGGUGCGGCAGUAAUGCUUAUGUACAAGAUAUACACAUUUCUCACAAAGUGUGUUGUCCAAGCACACGCGCCCAUCCAGGAAUUGGUUAACAACCAGCACGAGCUGCCAUCCUUCAUGCGGGACACAGCAUCGAAGCGUUUGAAAGAUCCGGAAAUUUCCCGAAUCCAGGACAACGUCGAAAGGACCAUUGUUGCCAUCGACACUCUAGGUGUUUUUCACCAGGAGCGGCGUGCGAUCAAAGCUACAGAAGCCCCUGCUCUUAUCAGGCAGGAACGAAGAUUGCGAAUGGGUCUGUCGCAGGAGGAUCAAAGCAAUGACAGAGAACAGACGGACUCUGUCAUGGUCGAUGAGGUGAAGGUGAAAGCACUUCAAACAGGAAGUGCUCAACUUCGAAAGACUGAUGAAAAGAACCAGGAGGCACCACCUCCGGUCACAACCCCGAGCCGAAACUCGCUGCUGAAGGCAGUGAGCAAUCCUCAGGCAUGCUGUGCAGCAUUAGCUGGUCUGCAGCAGAGUCAGACAAUUGCCAAGCCAGCGACUGAGAUCAUGCGGCCUUUGGUGUUUUCCAUUGUUCAAGAGUCCGAGGAGUUCUCAAAGAUGAUUGACACCAAGAAGGAGGACAUCGUAGUCGCAUUCAUGGAGCAGUGCAGAGAAGGCGUCAGAGAUGCCCCGGGCCGAGAGUUGCAUCGCGACAUGAAUGGCGUGGCAACGCCGCCACUGGAGUUUCGGAUGCGCGAGAUUGAGGAGACAUCUGUGCGAGUGUUUGAGACGCUGGCAAAACGCGCAGAGCUGCUGGUGGACUCGUUGACAAAAUCACCUCCAGAAUUUUGGAAGGUUUGGACAACUUUCUACCCUGCACUGGCUGAUUUCUCGGAGUCCAGCCCAAUCUUCGAGAGCGCGCUGUACUUCUUCAAGAGGCUUGGCGAACUUAUGCGGGAGCAGGAUGCGAUAUUGACCCAGCAGAUGAUGACAGACGUUGCCCUGUCUUCGCUGGCAAAGGAGUUGAUUCGAUCUCCCGAAAAGCGGGAGCUUUUGUGCGAAGUGGUUUACUGCUUCGUGCAGGAGGACACCUUGAACCAUAUCCUGGCGCUACGCGCACUGAAGGAGAAGGUGGGUGAUGACCUGGGGGUCUACGUGUCCUGCUUGGCCAGCUUGAUAAACCUCGACGGUCAAGCCGGGCUUUUGGACGAGCACCUGCUGGAUUUGUACAUAUACUAUGCCCUGAUGGCCAUUCAGAGCCCAAAGCCUAGGCUUCGGGUGGCUGGCCUUGCGAUCGUUUGCAGUGUCACCGGAUGGUCUUCACAGCACCAGCCGGUUGUGGCGUUGCUUCCGCACUUAUCUGCUCUUGCAAACGAUGACUGGUGGGAGGUCCAAGCCCAGCUGCUGCGUUUGUCCGCGAAGCUUCUCGGUCGCUUGUCCACUGAGCGCGGCGCUCCGGGCGUGGGAGCCGAAGAUGAUGGCAGUGCUAGUGGAGCAAGCAGAGUUGAGGAUGGUGGGGAGGCCAGUGUGGAAGUCGCCAUUGAGGAGAUCCUGUCCAUAGUAAGCCGCCUUUUUGUGGUUAGCAACUCCAAGAACGUUUUGCAGGUGGGCCUUUCGGCACUGGUGCAUGCCCUGCCAGACUAUCCUAAUUUGCUGCCAGUCUUUGUAGCUGUGCUCUUGGGGCAAACUCCAGCCCUUCGGCAGAGACUUCUUCAGGAACCCGCUGAGGGCGAUGACAAAGCCGGCCGCACCUAUGUGCAUGGCAACUGCACUUGUACAUAUGAGGAGACCUGCUUGCCAGAGAUUUGGCCACAUUUGGACAUAGCGAAGACGCUGACGAUGCAGCUCGAGGCUAGUCCACCUGACCGUCUGGAGAUAGAGCACCUCGAGGUGCUUUUGGCUAGCCUGCCAUUUUUCUUUGACGAAGAGGAGGCAGAUGAAUGGCUCAAUGUCUUCGAGAAGGUCAAGCGGUACAUCUUCAUGUCUCUGGUGGAUCCGCAGCUUCACCUGCUUAGCACCCAAAUCGUCCGCAAGUUCUGGGCAAGCGGCGUUGAGGCGAUUGCCGCAAAGACGCGGGAAAAUUCCCUGGACAUGAUGGGUGAGGCUCUCACCAUGCUGUACGAUGGCACAGAGCGUGUUGAGGAGGCUGCGGUCAUCGUCUUCCUUCGUGAGAUGCGCAGUCGCGAUGACGAUACGCAAGCCGAGGUGGAUCGUAUGAUCGAUCGGUUCGCAGAAUCUCAUCCAGACAAGUACCAGGUUUCGCAGCUGCACACCGUGUCCCAGGACUGA